GACAAAUAUUGUAGAGGAAGUGAAGGGGCGCUGCUGGCCAAGAGCUGUCAAUGAAGCAACAGUAGCCACUUGACAUCCAAAGGUUCCUUCACUGCAAGGAUGGCUACCAAUCCAUCACGGGAGACUUCCCGCAUUGCAUUUUUUCCUUAUCGCCACCGCUUAUGGCGGAGAAUUCCACCAGAGCCACCCCAUCAGCCACGGUAGCCGCCGCCUCGAGUUCAAAUUUAGAGACCAGCAAGGCGGAGAGGCACGUCUGGUUAAUGAAAUGCCCUCCCAUCGUCUCCCGCGUCUUACAGCAGCAUCAUUCUACUCCGCCUUCCGUCUCCACCGACAAUAUCUCUCCUUCUGAUAGGCCCGUCGCCAAAGUCAUCGUCGCCGUCGAUCCUCUCCUUCCCAACGAUGACUUCGCUUCCACUCAGUUUACUAUGGAGUUGGCUGGUAGCGAACCUGGAAACAUACCCAAAUGCUAUUCCAUGGGAAUGUCAACAGAAUUUAUUCCAAUGUCCAUAUUUUCUGAAUCAGGGCAGGGAAGGCUUUCUGUGGAAGGGAAAAUCUAUCACAAGUUUGAUAUGAAGCCUCACAAUGAAAACAUUGAAAGCUAUGGGAAACUAUGCCGUGAAAGGACAAACAAAUAUGUAAAAAAAGAUAGACAGAUACAGGUUAUUGACAAUGAUAAUGGAAAGCAUAUGAGGCCCAUGCCAUGGGUUUUUUCUUCAAAGCCUUCAGGAUCUGCGGCAGAAAAGAAGAAGGCGUCUGCAAAAGGAUCAGAGCUGAAGAGAACAAGAAGAGACCGUGGCGAGAUGGAAGAAAUCAUGUUUAAACUGUUUGAGAGGCAACCAAACUGGACACUAAAACAACUUAUUCAAGAGACAGAUCAACCAGAGGUUUCGUUAUCAUAUUUUCCAGUCUUUUUCGUUGUGAAUGCAACUCCUCUAACCACUUGUAGUACCACCAAUGUGAGACUGAUCAACCAGAUCACAUGCUUUUCUUUUCUUUUUGUUUGUGUGUGUGGUGUAUCUGCAGCAAUUUGUGAAAGACAUGCUGAAACUGCUGUGUGUGUACAACAAUAAAGGGACGAACCAAGGGAGUUACGAGCUCAAGCCGGAGUACAAAAAAUCAGAAGAUUUGGCAGACUAAUGAAUUUGUCAUCUCCCGCGUCUUCCUCCUCCUCCUCCUCCUCAGAUGAUCAUAGACUUACAUAACAUUUUUGCUGCUGAAGUUGGAUUGCUUUUGUAAAUAAACUGAAUUCUCUUGAUGAUCAGUAAUCACAACAUCAAUCAAUUCAUUUACCUUAUCUGAAGCCUGACGUGGCUGUCUUCUACAAGUCUUGUAAAAAAUGAUGCUUUAUCUAUAUUCCUUGUAAAAUUAGCUGGUCAAGUACACAAAUUUUAAAUGCACUUCUCCGUUAUUAAAAUUCACUUGUUUUU